CUCCUUCGGCUAAUAGUCGGCCAACCAUUGCAUCCACAGUGAGACCAACCAAUUGGUGCCAAUGACUGGGUCUGUGAGUGUGUCUCAGAGCCACCACAACCGUCGUCUACCACUCCAUCACAGCUGUAGUCCAGCUCUCAAUCAGUGCUAAGUCUCACACAUUUAGAGUGUUAUAUGAAUUGAGCGGUGAUUUGGUUGCAGAGAGAGAGACAGAGAGAGAGAGGGAGAGAGAGAGAGAGAGAGACUGACUCUCCAUCCAUACAUGCAUUCACUGAUCCCAACACUACUGUCGGUGUAAUUGUUGUGCAAAACACUAGUGAUUCAAACAUAUAGUUGUAUCCAUUGAUUAUUGAUAUCCCCGUAUAUUCAUGUCAGUGAGUGUGAGCUAAUCCAUCGGUGAUAACAGUGAUGGUGUUGUCUUCGAUACCUCACUCUUCGUCCCAAAUCGACGCGAGACUCAAACUAUAUCUCAUAGAAAUGCCGCGAAGAGUGGUCUUCGUCGACGUCGACACCAAUCACGUAAUGGACUCUGGAGUGGACAACCCAUUCAGACCUGGCUCUGAGCUAAGCAAAGAGGCCGACAUUAUUGUGAACCUAAUAAAAGAGGGAAAGCCUAUCACUCCGACCAAAGAGACAGUGGACGGCCCUAACGGACUCAACGGCCUUAACAGUGAAAUUAAUGGCAAACGAGACAUCAGUCUACUGGAGAAGUCGCCCGAAAUGAACGGAACGCCUAAGAGUAGGGCGCCGGCCGUUGUGGAGGUGAAGCAGAUGGUCGUCCCCUCGAAUGACUCGAAACAAGUGGCAGAAGAGGUGACACUUAAAAAGCGGCGCAAAUGUUGUACUAUUCAGUGAUUGUGAAGACAUGAAUCAGUUUAGAGACUCUCGACUCACAACUCAACCGCACAUCCAUUUGGAUAGCAUUUGUAUUAUUGUUGAUAUUUUUCGAUUCAAUGGCUUUUAAUAGGACUGCCGGUGAUUAUAAUAUAAGUUACAUUAAGAUACCAUACCUGCGCUAAAACCAUAGGCAUAACUGAUUUAAUAGAGAUUUAAUGCGAAAUAAAUAUAUAUUGAAAUGCCUUUCAAUCGCUUGGAUUGAACACAGAAAACGACAAAAUACUAGUCAAUUGCCAUUAAAAACGCUUUUAUAUAGAAUUCACUGAAUUGUGAACAAAAAAUCAUAUAUUGAAGUGAUUUUGAAGCGAAACAUCACUCACUCUCUCAACCGCUAAUAAAUCGCUGCAAAUAAUCAUCACUUCAUCGGUCAGUUGUUGUUUGCCUUCAAAUGAUAUCAUAAAUAGUUUGAAAUGUUUUUCAUAUAAUUUAUAUAUAAUAUAAACGUAUUGUUCAAAUGGAUUCAUCACAACCUCCCAAACCAUUGCGAUCACUGAAGAUAUGAAAAAGAGUUUAUAAAAUAUAACAAUUAUAUAAAUAUUUAUUGUAUAAAAAUGUUUUUGAUUGACGACUACUCGUGUGAAAUGAAAAUAUAACAUACAUUACAAGCGAUAAUACACUGAACAGAGCUCUCACAUGAGUUUUUAUGUAAAUUUCUCUUAAAUUUGUUUUAUUUUUCACAUUAAACCCAAAACCCAUUUCCCAUUCACUCAAUACUUUCCUCUCUAUUUUCCAUCAAAUUCUUUGCAAAAACACACAAAAUAAGUGACAAAUUAUUUUCAUUUACUUUUCUAAGUGCUUAGCAAAUGUUAAGUCAAUUAUGAAGCCCUUUACAGUACCUGCUAUAUUGGUCGCAACCUUUUAAUACUGUAUUAAUACUAAUAAUGCAAUAGUUUUUGAGUUAAAUAUAGUCUAAAAUGAAAUACUUUAGAGACAAUUGUGUUGAUAUAUUGACGUCAUAUAGCCUUCAAAUACCUGUAAGAAAUCGCAAC